AUGGCAACACUUGCCCGGGGCCAUCGCGCCCUCCGACCUCCCCUGCGACUCCAACCCUACAAUCCCAAAACACAACUCCACCCACAUCCCUCCGUGUGCUACCUUCUCUUUUCCACCACCGCAAGAAAAGCCGCCAAAGCGGCCAAACCUAAACCGACCUCGUCGCAAUCGUCCACGCCCACCACCCCGGCGCAAACAAUAACAACACCCUCUGCUUCUGAAACAAACGCACCUACAAGCACCCUGCCCGCCGAAAUCGAUACGCCCGCGCCCCUAACACCCUCCGCCUCAACCCCCGAUAAACUAAAACGCCUCGUUUCAAUCGGCCGCGCAUAUCUCUCCUUCUACAAAACGGGCCUCAAAAAUGUCUUCAGGAAUUAUAAGGCUUCUUUGCCGUUCCGUGCUCAACUCGGUUUACCGGCUUAUCUCCCUACCUCGCCUCCGCGCGGCACCACGCCUUCAAAUGGGGACAAGGACAGUGGAGCUGCUGGGCUGGGCAGAGGCCAAUUCCAACUCGUUCGUCGCUCUGCUAGAGACGUCCGUCGCAUGAUUCCGUUUGCAAUGGUUUUGUUGGUCUGCGGGGAAUUCACACCGCUUAUUAUUCCGAUUUUUGGAUCCGCCAUCACCCCUGCGACGUGUCGGGUUCCGAGCCAGAUUGCCAAAGAGCGAGAUACAGCUUCCAAGCGGAAGACUCUUGCUCUGCGCGCUGUUGGUGCCGCUGGAGAAGAAGUUCAUACCGUGGCUUCCUAUGCCAGUCGCGAUUUUCUGAAGGACGCCAGUGCGGAGAACGUCCUUACUGCAAGUGCGCUUUUUGGGCUUAUCAAACGCCAUGAUAAAUUCGCGGGAUCUCUGCUUGUCAGGAUGCUUUAUCGGAAGCGAUUGGAGAGGUAUAUUCAGUACUUGGCGAUUGAUGAUCAGUUGAUCAGGGCUGGUGGGGGUGUUAAGAAGCUUUCGCUUCCGGAGGUUAAGAUUGCGCUUGAUGAGCGCGGCCUUAGUGAUUGUGCUGCUUUGUUGAGUGGGGGGAAGGCUGAAGUUGUUCAGAGGGAGACUUUGGAGAGGUGGUUGGAUGUGAGGAGCCUGAAGCCGUGA